AGUGUAUAUGUUAUUUCGAUUUCUCCUCAGUGUUUUUCAUAAAGAACCUGAAAUGUUCAUCAUUUUGGGACUGGAUCCGUGCAUCAAACUGGACCCAAAUUUUGGAUGAGAGGGUAUUAUUUUCGAGGUGUAUAUUGGUCUGUGAUUUAGUUCCAGCACACUACUUUUAAUUAUCCCUGUAAUAUGCCCAUGAAAAUGAAUAGUGGAAGCCCUGUGGGGAACAACACAUUUCAUCAGCUUCAGCCACUGCAGCCAAAGAGGACUUACAGUGGUGCUGAUGAUCUCCACCCAACUAACACCGGUGACCAGCAAGAUCUGACAAGAAACAUGUUUUUCAAAGACACAUUUGAAGAGGAAGAGGAAGAUUCAGGAAUUAAAUCAGAGGCUGAGGAAAGCAAUGGAACCUUAUCUUCUGAAGAUGACUCACACCACCUUGAAUAUUCAAAGAACUUUGCUCUCGAGCAAACUGUCGCAAAGAAAAGCAUCAGUCAAAUCAUCAAAGACAAGAAGAAACAGACUCAGCUAACACUACAGUGGCUUGAGGAAAACUAUAUAGUUUGUGAAGGAGUUUGCUUGCCUCGAUGCAUCCUCUAUGCUCAUUACCUGGACUUCUGUCGGAAGGAGAAGUUAGAUCCUGCUUGUGCUGCCACUUUCGGCAAGACCAUACGGCAAAAAUUUCCUCUCCUCACAACCCGGAGGCUUGGCACCAGAGGCCAUUCAAAGUAUCACUAUUACGGUAUAGGGAUUAAGGAGAGCAGCGCUUACUAUCAUUCAGUGUACUCAGGAAAAGGUCUAACAAGAUUCUCUGGGAGCAAACUCAAAAAUGAGGGAGGCUUCACACGGAAAUAUUCACUUAGUUCUAAAACAGGAACAUUGCUCCCAGAAUUCCCAAGUGCACAGCAUUUAGUACUUGAUGAUUCCAUUUCCAAGGAAAAGGUUGACACGCUGAUAAUGAUGUACAAAACUCAUUGUCAGUGCAUUCUUGACAACGCUAUCAGUGUCAACUUUGAAGAGAUCCAGAACUUCUUGCUUCAUUUCUGGCAAGGGAUGCCUGGCCAUCUAUUGCCUCUGCUGGAGAAUCCAGUAAUCGUGGACAUCUUCUGUGUGUGUGACUCUAUACUUUACAAGGUACUGACUGAUGUUCUCAUUCCUGCUACAAUGCAGGAUAUGCCCGAAAGCCUUUUGGCAGAUAUUCGAAAUUUUGCAAAGCACUGGGAACACUGGAUGGUGUCUUCUUUGGAAAAUCUCCCAGAAGUCCUCUCAGAAAAGAAGCUGCCCAUAGCUCGUCGCUUUGUGUCCUCUUUAAAGCGACAGACUUCCUUCCUACACCUCGCGCAGAUUGCAAGACCAGCACUUUUUGACCAAAACGUUGUGACUUCCAUGGUGAAUGACAUCGAUAAAGUAGAUUUAAACAGCAUAGGGUCCCAGGCACUUCUUUCCAACACCGGUGACCAUGAUUUGGACUUCUACUCUGAAUAUGACUCUUUUUCAGCGUUUCAGGAGUUGAAGGACCUCCUGAGGAAAAAUGCCACUGUAGAGUCUUUUAUUGAGUGGCUAGACUCUGUAGUGGAACAAAAAGUUAUUAAGCCCAGUAAACAGAAUGGCCGUUCGGUUAAGAAGCGAGCCCAGGAUUUUUUACUCAAAUGGAGCUUUUUCGGUGCCCGAGUGAUGCACACCCUCACCUUAAACAAUGCCACAAGCUUUGGCUCCUUCCACCUCAUUAGGAUGCUAUUGGAUGAAUAUAUCUUGCUGGCCAUUGAAACACAGUUCAAUAACGACAAAGAGCAAGACCUCCAGAACCUCCUGGACAAAUAUAUGAGAAAUGCAGAUGCCAGUAAAGCAACAUUCACUGCUUCCCCGAGUUCAUGUUUCCUGGCCAAUCGUAGUAAAGCAGGGAUGGUGGCCAGUGAUUCCUCCGUUAAGAAUGAGACGCACCCAGAGUAUGCAUAUUUAUCUGUGCCAGGCAAUCAGCACGGGCUAGGAGCCAAUAUGGUGGUGUACCAAGGGACGGAGCCAGACGGCUUUACUCUAUCUGGACAACUAGACUACACCCAGAACAGUGGCCCACUGAUUACUCCUCCGAUAUCUCCCGCCAUGGCCAACCGAGGCAGUGUGAUAAACCAAGGCCCGAUGGCUGUGAGGUCGCAGAGCAGCUGCCCCAUCCAGUCACAUGUGCCCUGCCAGGCAUUCCCUGACACCAUGUGCCAAAAUCUGUCUAACUCCACCUCCAGCUACUACCCCAGCUCCUCCACUUACCAGCCUGCCAGCCUUCCUUCAACCUAUCAAGCUCACAAUGAGGGCGGACGAUACGCAUCCUUCAGUGGGCAGCACCUGGCCAAGGACUGCUUUAGCAGCAGUUGCAGUGCUGUACCCUACAGCUCCAGAAUAUCAUCAGCUAGCUACUCAGCCACUACUGACCCCACUGUGGAGGCACAAGGAGUUCAGCUACUGGACACGUCGGGUUACAGCUUUGUUGGAGGAGGAUGUUCAGGCCCAGUGUACACCAGCACAGCACAUAGUGGCUACUACGGAAACAGCGGCUAUGUGGACAGUCAGAGGAUGGGCUCCCUGAUUGACCAGCAUGUGUCUGUGAUCAGUAGUGUGAGCUCUAUUCGCUCCCUUCCUGCGUACACUGACGUUCAUGAUCCUCUCAACAUUCUGAAUGACGCGGGCAGGAAGGCAGCAGGUCCUUACUACCCUGAACAGCCUUCUUUAAUUACACGCACAGUUGGGUCUUCAGCAGCCCCUCCCACCCCCUGCUCUAUUUCUCCAUGUAUGUAUGGCUCUGCUGCUCAAUAUCAUAAUUCCCAAGAAUCCCUGCUGCCUCACCAGAGCGGUGUGGAGGUGCGGGACAUGGUGUCCUCCCUGCCCCCCAUCAACACUGUCUUCAUGGGGUCAACUGGAGGACCACCCUGACUGUUGCUCAGAUAACCCUGGAUUAUUGAUUCUUCAUUCUGGCCUGUGUGACUAAAGCAGAAGCAGCAAGUCUUUGGUAUAAAUAGUUAUUUAGAGUUCUUUUAGAACAUCAUAAAACAUUACUUAAAAUAUCAGACACUGAAAAAAGUGAUUGGUGGAAUUUACUUGAUUCAAGUAUAUGCCAUUUCUACUGUAAUAAAAUAUUACAUCAGCAUAGUUAUUGCCAAACUGAAAGACAUUUUUAUAUAACAUAUUUUAUUUGUGUGGAAAUGAUGUACAAAUUUGAAUGAAGUAAAGCAUAUUACAUCACUUUCUCUUUCUAAGUGCAGCUUUCUGAUUGGCCAUCAAUGGUGAAGAUUAAUCAGUCCACAGUAAAAUCACUGUAACACCAAAGUCAGCACAGCUUACCUUUAUGUGCUUUUAUGUGCAUGAUUUGCGAUGCUGGUGGUUGUUUAUAAGUGCUGUUUAUAAGUGCAUCAUCAUCUGAAUGGCAAUGUAAAUAUUUAAAACGAAACAAGCUUCAGCAUCAUUAGCAUUUAUCAUAUAUACCCACUGGCCGCUUUAUUGGAAACCCCUUCUCUGUAGCUUGACUUUGCUGGUAUAUAAUUACACACCGCUGCCCAUCUGAUAAUCCACAGUUUGUGUACAUCAUCCUUUAGCCCUUCAUCAGUGGUCUGUUCCUGACAGAGUCACUCUUGGCUGGAUAUUUUUGGGUGGUGGACCACUCUCAACUUUGCAGUGACAUUGAUGGGAUCACUCACCACCAUGUCAUUGUCACAAACAAUAUAUGGUCAAAAGCAGUCUUGUGGUCAGAAACUGACCACUGAUGAAAGUGGUCUUGGGGGUGGCUUGUAAAUUGUGCAGCAACAGAUGGCCUACUGUCUGUAACCAUGAACCUGUAUAGUGAAUCUACAAGGAAGGAACUCAUAAAGUGGCCAGUGAGUGAAAAUACUCUGU